AUGCCUCCAGGUACUUGCCGGAGCACACGUUCCACCGAUGCCGUUACCAAUGCCGAUUCAUCAUUACCAGAACCCAAGCGCUCACGUAAUCAGGAGACUCGUACAACAUCUCGUCGUGGUCUUGGUUCUGCAGCAUCCGCCAACACAGACGCGAAUCAUCUACCCACGCCCUCUGCUACUCAGCAACAACAGCCCCAACCGAUUCACACUGAACCAGUGCAAGAUAUCCAAGAUCUUGAUCUCAAUGACAUUACUUUGAAGAACUAUCAUCAAGUCAAAAGAUUCUGGCCUCUCGGACGCAUCACAGACCAGCUUCAGCGUCAGAAAUCAUCUAACCACCAGUUGAGCGCAGAGGUGCUUGUUGAAGCAAAGGCGGUUCUUGAAAGUCUUGAAAUUUCCCUUCACAUGAUUGCGAUGGUUUCUCAUGUUGAUAUUACUACGUUGAAACGUGCCUUGGGCCUUAUCGGUGGUACAACACAUGCCGAUAAUCCGUGGCAUAGGUGGUUAAGUUUUGCACUUGAUGCCAACAAGUUUCCUAUGCCUACCCAAGGCCACCCAGAUUCAGCAGCCAUUCUGGCAAAUCGCAAUAAAGCCAACCACGUUGCCUAUAACGCGCUCACGGUCGACCAACUUACUGUGUUCAAAUCACCAGUUUUCUUUGCUCUUGGUGGCUAUCCCGACUAUUCAGCCAUUUCUUUCUCUGACAACGCCUCUGGAGAUACUUCAGUUCUUAUUCCCGAAGUCCCCAAAUUGAGCGAAGAGGACGAACUUCGAUACCGGCCCAUCUACGAUAAACUAGUCAAUACAAAGAAAGUGGCCAAGGAUCGCGAGCUGAAUACACCUGCAGCCUGUGCUAGUAAGGAGGAAAAACGUUCCCUUUUGAGUUUCAAAAAAAUUGCGCAACAGCUUGAACGUGAUCAUCAAAUGCUAGGAAUAGAUUACUACGUCAUUGCAUGUAGUAAUAACACUGGAGGGGAAGGAUGGUGUCGAGAACAUAGUAGUCGGGAAGAGAUCGUUCAGUGGGUUUCUGACAGGGCACAACUGCAGCAUGUGUUUCCUAUUUAUUGUCAACACGGAUCAAUCGUCGAAAAAGUUCAAGCCGUUGCUAGUGCAAAGAAUGGAACUUUACCCGAGAAGCGGCCAUCAAACAAUCAAUCAGACAUCGACAAGAGGAACUUGGGUGGGCAGCUCAAUGAGCUCGUACUCCCACACGUAGUCAAUCUUGUUGGAAAGGACGAUUAUAAGCCGUUCCCUCGCACACCGAAUCCGAUUGCUUCUCUCCAAGAACGUAAACUCAAGGUUGAACGCGCUACCAACUCCGCACUGUCUAAAGAUGAUUUUGACAAAGGAUUCACAGGCAUGAAUGCCAAGGCUCGCCGUAGUUGGCUCAGCGAUCUGAAGGAUGGUAAAUUUAAACUCAUGAAGGAUGUUGAAGUUCAACCAAGCAAAGGCGAACAUCAUAUCACCGAAAGCCAAUCUCAACCAAGUGAACCACCUCAUACCACAGAAAAUCAGUCAACUGCUUCCGAACUUCAAAAUUCCCAGCCUUGUGCAUCAAAUUCCCAAAUCCCUCAAAUUCCUCAAGUCAUUGAACAAUCAGGCCAGCCAAGCGAAUCCCAAACGGCUGAGCUGGGAGCUGAAGCCACUGCAUCUGCGACUCAUGAAGGUACUGGAGGUGAAGGAGGUGCUACGUGUGAUCUCGCUUGA